AUGGACUCCUCCGCCCCCGCCGACGACGUCGCCGCCCCCGCCAACACCGCCGCCGCCGACGCCGCCGCUGCCCUCGCCGCCCCCGCCAACACCGCCAACACCGCCCCCGCCAACACCGCCAACACCGCCGCCGCUGACGCCGCCGCUGCUGCUGCUGCUGCCACUGCUGCUGCUGCCACUGCCGCCGCCGCCCUCGCUGCCGCCCCCGCCCUCCCGCCGCUCCCCCCUGCCCCGGCCCGCCCACCGCCGCCGCCCUGCUCGCCAUGCCGCCCGCCUCGCGGGCCUGCACAAGGCUGGCUUCUCGGCCAGUCCAGCGCCAGCUGGAGUUCCGCGCGGGCUACAAGCCCAGCAAGUUCAACCUCGCUGUUCGGCAGCAGAACCUCGAAUCUGCGCUCGCGCAGGUUGUCGGCCGCGUCGCCCCCACCGAAUGCGACUCCUGCCAGCAAGCAGCUGGCCCGUAUACUACCUGCGUGGUAG